UUUGUUUUUGUUUUUCAUUCAAAUCUCUUUAAACUUUUAGUACUGAAUAAGUCAUCGUCCAAUCACCGUCCAGCACCUCCGACGCCCCACCUCGGAGCAUCCAAACGUGACGUCACAGCUGACGUUUUUUUCCCCCCACGUUGGGUCCCAGCGGCGGAGCUUCUCCUCUGGAACUUUUCAGAUGCGGACGCAGAGACUCGGAGUCGGACUUCCAUCAUGGAGACGUGCGGCUCCCGCGGCCCGCAGUGAGUGAGUGACUGACGGCGGCUGAGAAAUGGAGUUGAGUUUCCAGUUGUAUCUUCUGUCAGUGUUGGUCUGUUGUCUGAAGGUCUGCGCUCAAGUGGCGGAACCCACGAAGCACCCAGGCCUGCAGGUUUUGGCCAAAGCCUCUCAUUACUGGCCCCUGGAGGUUGUGAAAGGAAUCCGUGAGCUGUGGGACAAGAAGGGAAACAGACCAGGUUAUGUUAACGGAAGUAAAAUAAACAUCGUGGAGGGAAUGGUCAACAAGGGCAUCCUGCUGGACGGAGACAACGGCGCCACCUUCCUGCACUUUGGAAACUACCAGAACACGUGCAUCAGUGACCCCACCCUAUGCGGCCCCCAGGGCAUCACCUUCUCGUUCUUCUGGAAGAACCACGAGGCCGAGUCCCGAUUCGCGGUCUCCUCCGGCGGGAAGGUGAUUUCCAACGGCUUCUCCGUCUACACCAACCCCUUCGUGGGCUACGUGGAGUUCUACACCCGGGGCAACAACCACCGAUGGAAGACCAACAUCUCCGUUCCGGGUCCGUACUGGACCCACAUCCUGUUCACGUGGACCAGGAGGGACGGCCUGAAGGUCUACAUCAACGGAACGUUCACGGCCGCCGACCAAGUCGGGAAAGUCUCCGACAGCUACGGCGACCGCUACAGCGACCUGGUGAUCGGCACGGGCAACGACGGGACGUACGGCCACUUCGCCUCGGGAGCCUUCGACGAGUUCGUCAUCUGGGAGAUGGCCCUGUCCCCGAACGACGUGCUGCUGUACUACAAGGCGGCCACAGGUCAGACCGUGGUCUCCGCUGCCACGCCGGCGCCCCCUGGUGAGGACACCGUUACGACAGCGACACUUACGUCCACUGAGCCCAGUCGCCCCGUGGACAGCAGUGUCCAGAGUGUCCAGGACCCGGAGUCCACGCCGGUCCUGGAGUUCCCGCCCAACAGGACCAUGUCUCAGGACGCGGCCAACAACCUGACCCAGGCCUUCCUCAGAAGUGUAGAAGAAGUCCUAGGAGAACCAGCACCUGGUCCUGGUCCUGGUCCGGACCAGCACCUGGUCCCGCCUUUUCUCUCUGUCUGUCUCUGUCUGUCUGUGUGUCUGUGGUCACUCCCGGUGCAGCCGCAGUCCACCCCGGUGGUCAGUGGACUGAUUGAGACGGUGGACCGGGUGAUGGAGCACAUGGUGACCAACCUGGAGCCUGGACCUCAGUCCCUCAUGACUCUGGACGGAACCUCCUUUGUCGCAGAUUAUUCUCUGAUGAAACUCCCGCAGAACUACAACCUGCAACAUUAUCGCUUCCCACCAGAGGGCAAGAGUUACAUCUCUGUACCAGGAGAGGCCUUCACCACGCUGAGUGAAGAACUUCUAGAACUCUCCUCGGGCGCUGUCACGUCCGUGCUAGCGCCCCGUCCUCCCAUUAGCCCCUCACAGAGAGAGAGAGAGAGACAGAGAGAGAGUGUGUCUUUCUGGACGUCACGUCUCCGUCCUCUGUUCUUGUCCCGUAGGAUCAGCGAAGCCGUGAAUUUCAAGGACCAUAAAAUCCAGGUGGCUAGCCGCCUGAUCUCCCUGAACGUGGAGCCGUCGCCGGCGCUGUCCGUCAACCUGUCCGGAGCUCCGCUGGUCAGGAUCGUCCUCACCCAUGUCCUGACCAAAGAUCAACAAGACCAGGUCCAGAACCAGAGCAACAAGGUUUUCCUCUACUGUGCCUUCCUGGACUACAGCACCAACGAGGGGGUGUGGUCUAACCAGGGCUGCGUCCGCUCCGACGGGAACAUGACCUACUCCGUGUGUCUGUGCAACCACCUGACCAACUUCGCCAUCCUCAUGCAGGUGGUGCCGAUCAAGACCAAAGAUCAACAAGACCAGGUCCAGAACCAGAGCAACAAGGUUUUCCUCUACUGUGCCUUCCUGGACUACAGGUACUGCGUUCUGUCUCCUCUGCGCAGGUCCGUCAGUACCAUUUGUAACCAACGGUACCACAUCCACGCCAACCUGUCCUUCGCCAUCCUGGUGGCCGAGAUCCUGCUGCUGAUCAGCGCUCGCUUCGAGCCGGGCACGAUGCCCUGUGUGGUCAUGGCCGUCCUGCUGCACUUCUUCUUCCUGAGCGCCUUCGCCUGGAUGUUGGUGGAGGGACUGCACCUGUACAGCAUGGUGGUCAAGGUCUUUGGGUCAGAGGGCAGCAAACACGCCUACUACUACGGCAUCGGCUGGGGUGGGUCUGUACACACACGACACAGACACUGCCCUCUACUGGUCGGUCUCUGUGACGGUGAUUACUGGUCAUGUCAAGAGGUUUUAAAUUCGUCCGAAAACGGAUUUUUUGUUUUCCUUUUCCACUGUCUUCUCAACUCGGAGGUCAGGACGGCGUUCAAACACAAAACCAAGGUGUGGACUCUGACCAGCAGCUCCAUACGGAACGUCAACGUGAAGCCGUUGAACUCCGACAUCAUGAACGCAAACAGGGACGGGCCGUCCCCCACCAAGAUGAACACGUGGGACAAGAGCAGCAACUCGGCCAAUCGAUUUGACCUCACGGCUAUAUGAAAACAAACACACACCCGCACACACACACACACAUACACAUACAUGGUCAAGGUUUGGUCUAAAAACGAGUUUUUACUGAAAUUUUUUUUUUCGUUAAUUUUUAUGACGUGACAAGCAGAACAGUUCAAUUCUCCUCCACCGGGGGGCAGCAGACGGCUAUAAAACUAGAAUCCGUGAAAUUUUUUUUUUUUUUUUUACAUUUUUAUCUGUUGCUAGUCCUAGCGCUAGCGCUAGCACUGUGAGUACUACUAAGUACCGAACACACACACACGUAGUUUGAUCGGUUGGAUUAGCGCAAGCGUUUUUUGAAACGUUUCGAACGCGACGACCUUUUGACCUUUGACCUCACUUUAAACUCACGCAGUUUCGCACGUUAUUGAAAAGCAAAGUUCACGCCGCAAGAACACGAACACCUUCGGACAAAUUAACUCACUGUCGUCCUGAUCGGUAUUUAUUUAUUUUAUGAUUCCAGUUACGUGUGACACAUCACUCGGUGUAUUCCUUCUUUGUUGAUUAUUAUUGUUGUUGUUUGUUGUCGUCGUUGUUGUUGUUUAUUCACUAGAAAACGACCCGAUUUCUAUCAUAUCUCUCACCCGACCUGCAGUACGUGACGCUUCGAGGAAGCUAGGUGGCUAAUGGCCGGUGUCGUAGACGCUGUCCCCGUUAGCGUUAGCUAGCGUUAGCGUUAGCGUUAGCGGGAUGUUGAUUGAUGCUUACUGUAGGACGUACUGAACUAAACCAUUUCUAUGACAACCGAGCAACUGAAGGAAGUUGUUGUUGCUUGUUUUUAACACA